CCUUACUGAUCGCACUCAACUCAACAGACUCGAGAAGUACAUCACCAAAGACUACGCUCAACACGGCAACGAUCAGUAAGGCAGAAGAGACACGCAAUCAGAAGAUACUCAAUAAUCAGCGGAGUCACCUAUCAAAAGACACUCACCAAUGUGUGUUGCUAGCCACAGCCCAAGCAAGAAUCCAAUCUCCAAGAGGCUUCACACUGAGUAUAAGAAUGCUCCUCGAUCAAGGAUCAGAGCUAUCCUUCAUCUCCGAGCAACUAGUAAAAUCUCUCUACCUCUCAAUAAGGUCAUCAUCAAUUGAGCUCAUCGGAAUCGCAGAGACGAACGCAGGACGCACGAGAGGAGUAGCUUCAAUUACACUCUACGCACUCGACGGGUCAGAACAAGUUGACCUUGAUGCCCACGUCCUCAAGAAACUCACCGUGAAGCUACCAUCCUUCUCCUGCAAAUCACCAAGGAUCGACCCACUCCAAGGUCUUCAACUAGCCGAUCCAGACUAUCUCAAACCUGGGCCAAUAGACAUCAUAUUAGGAGCUGAUACCUAUGGGCGGAUCCUCAAGCAGAGAGUAGUCAGCUCCAGUAAUACUCAAUUAGUUGGCCAACAAACCGUAUUCGGAUGGAUCCUAUCCGGACCAGUCGAAUGCAAAGGUUGUUCACCAAGGAUUUCAUUAUCGGCCGUAAAGGAAUCCACCAAUGAACAACUCCUAGAGCUUCUUCAAAGAUUUUGGACCCAGGAAGAAUUACCCACAACGCAGAACUCAGAGCUAUCACCAGAUGAACUCCAGUGUGAGAAAAUAUUUACGUCCACGCACUCAAGAGACAAGACCGGGCGUUAUACAGUUAGACUCCCUCUAAGGACAUCAGCAGAAGCACUCGGCAACUCAAAGCUCAAAGCCUCAAGGCAACUACAGUCAGUUGCACGUCGUCUCAAGGCAGACGAUAAUUAUGCCAAGCUCUAUAGAGACUUCAUCGAUGAGUAUGAGACAUUAGGACACAUGAGGAGAGCACCAAUAGAAGAAGAACCCUCCACAGCAUACUAUCUACCGCAUCACGGGGUUCUACGAGAAGACGCACUCACUACGAAAUUGAGAGUAGUCUUCAACGGCUCAAGCAAAACCUCAUCAGGAAUAUCCCUCAACGAUAUCCUCUAUCCUGGGGGGAAGCUCCAAGCAGACACGAUGAACGUCUUGACAUGGCUGAGAAAGCACAAACUAGUCUUUGGAACAGACAUAGUCAAGAUGUUUCGACAGAUAAACGUUCACAAGGACCAGUGGAAUCUCCAGAGAAUACUGUGGCACAAUUCGCAACAACAGCUCAUCACCUACGAGCUCACCACAGUUACGUACGGACUCAACUGUUCUCCAUGGCUAUCUCUAAGAGUGCUCCAGCAAUUAGCAGAGGACGAAGGCCAUCGAUAUCCUGCCGCAGUUGAGACACUCACCAAAGGCAGAUAUGUCGAUGACAUUUAUGGUGGAGCAGAAACCGCAGAAGAACUCAGAGAAAUCGCCUGGCAGCUAAGUGGUCUUUGCCAAGCAGGCGGGUUUCCACUCCAGAAGUGGAGCAGCAACUGUCCACAAGCCUUGGAGACAUUAGGAAUAUCAUCAACUCAAUCGAUAAUCCAAUUCCAAGAGCCUAUCACCAAAGUCCUUGGAUUGUAUUGGCAUCAAACCAGUGAUACAUUCCAAUACAAAUCAAAGGAGUUUGAUUCAGCAGUGUUCACGAAGAGGACAACACUAUCAGAAAUAGCUCAACUCUUCGAUCCAUUGGGACUCAUCGCACCAGUAGUCACUCGAGGAAAAAUAAUCAUCCAGGAUCUAUGGAAGUUAAAACUCAACUGGGAUGAACCUCUACCAGAAGACUAUCAACGCCAAUGGAAAGACUUCAGGCUAAAUCUCAAUACGCUGAAUCAAAUCUCAGUACCGAGAUGGUUGAGAAUUUCAUCCAAGACGAAGAGAAUCCAAAUCCAUGGAUUCGCAGACGCCUCCACCGCAGCAAUGGGUGCAGUAGUGUACCUCAGGACAGAGAACUUCAAUGAGCCUACUUCAACAGUACUGGUCUGCGCAAAAACAAGAGUGGCUCCUAUCAAGCGUAUGACCAUUCCUCGUCUUGAACUCAACGCAGCUGUCCUGCUUACGAAGUUAGUGGUCAUCACCAAAGAGAUGCUCGACCUCAGGGAAGUAGAAACUCACCUAUGGACAGAUUCUAUGGUAACCCUGGCAUGGAUAAAAGGACACCCCUCAAGAUGGAAAGACUACGUCCAAAACCGAGUCAUCAAAAUCCAGGACUCACUCCCAGAUGCAAGCUGGAGACAUAUCAGCGGCAAGGAGAAUCCAGCCGACUGUGCCUCAAGAGGAAUAGCUCCUCAAGAGCUAGCAGUACAUCCCCUAUGGUGGACCGGACCUGAAUGGAUUAAUCAGGAUCCCCAGGAAUGGCCUUCCUCAAUAGAAGACGUCCCAGCAGUAGCAGCAACCGAAGCAAGACCGUCACCGUCCUAUCCAGUGGCCAUGAAGAUCAAUGCCUUAGCCGAACUACUCAACAGGUACUCCAGAAUGGAAAAGGUACUCCAAGUAACAGCGACACUGAACAGAGCAAUCGAGCGAUUUAGAAGACAGCCAGUUCCCCAGACGCCCGUCCUCACCAUCAGAGAACUCACCGAGGCCAGGAUAUUCUGGCACAUCAGCUGUUCAUCUCGAGCUCGUGUCCAGGCAGACGACAGAUGCCUUCAUAGGGGCAUAUAAGAGAUUCACCGGAAGAAGAGGAAUCCCCGAAGUGAUGUACAGCGACAACGCCACUACAUUUGUUGGCGCAGCCUCAGUACUCAAGACGCUGUACAAUCAACCCUCGAGAGAGAACCUCGAGAUUCAAGCUGCCCUC